AUGGUCCACUUUGAGGAGUUAUCUCAAAAGUCCAAGUUGCACCCGAAGCCGGACGGGCUGACACUGCAGUAUGGCACCGCAGGAUUCCGCUCUCACGCCAAACACCUGCACCAUGUCAUGUUCCGCAAGGGGCUGCUGGCCACACUGAGGUCCAAAAAGACAAAGUCCAACAUUGGAGUCAUGGUCACUGCCUCCCAUAACCCAGAGAAAGACAAUGGGGUGAAGCUUAUUGACGCAAUGGGAAAGAUGGUGACAGUGGCGUGGGAAGUCUGUGCCACACAGCUAGCUAAUGCUGAGCAGGAUUCUCUUCUCACAGUGCUGAAAGACAUUAUUGAGAAAGAGAACAUCAGCAUGAGCGAACCAGCUAGUGUCUACAUUGGCAGAGACACCAGGCCAAGCAGUACCAGCCUCUCCCAGGCCAUGUUGGAUGGCGUUUCUUGUUUGGGAGGCAAAAGUCAUGAUUAUGGUCUGGUCACCACUCCCCAGUUGCAUUAUAUGGUGUGCUGUUGCAACACACAUGGCUGCUAUGGCAGUGCUACAGUAGAGGGCUACUACCAGAAACUGUUACAGGCUUUUCUUCAGCUCACCCAGAAUGCCCCAAAUCGCACUGAUGAUCAGAAGGGGCUGGUGGUGGAAGGAGCCAAUGGAACUGGAGCAUUGAAGAUGAAAGAAAUGGAGCCGUUUCUUCACUCCGAACUGCAGGUGGUGCUUUCAAAUUACAGCAGUAGUGGGAAACUCAACCAUAUGUGUGGAGCAGAUUAUGUCAACGUCCAGAAAAAACCUCCUGCAGGUUUAAGCAUGGGUGCAAGGGAGUGCUGCUGUUCAUUUGAUGGUGACGCCGAUUGUAUUGUGUACUAUUACACCGACUCUGAAGGACGAUUCCAUCUCCUGGACGGAGACAAGAUUGCCACCCUCAUCAGCACCUACAUCAAAGAGCUGCUCAUACAGGCAGGGUUGAAUUUGCAGAUUGCAGUUCAGACAGAAUAUGCUAAUGGCAGCUCCACUCGCUACUUGAAGGAUGUCAUGAAGGUCAUGGUAUGCUGUACAAAAACAGGAGUGAAGCAUCUACAUCAUGCAGCGCAAGAGUACGACAUUGGAGUUUAGUUUGAGGCCAGCGGCCAUUGAACUGUGAGUGCAGUUACCAUUGUGAAGUAA